GUUAAACCUGCUGGAGGAACAGAACUAUCACGUCCUGAAUAUCGGCAAUUGCAACAUGAGGAGAGAAGAUAUCACAUACAUGGGCGCUGGCCCUGCGGCCCUGCCCACUGACAUCCUCGCCCAAGCUGCCGAAGCUCUGCAGAACUAUGAACAGACCGGCCUGGGUAUUGCCGAACACAGCCAUCGCAGCGAGAUUGCGAACAAUAUUCUGAAUACGAUGAAGGCCAAUCUCGCAAGCUUCCUCGAUAUCCCCUCGAACUACGAGAUCUUGAUGAUGCAGGGUGGAGGAUCGGGCCAGUUCGAUGCGACAGUGUACAACAUCGUUUCCGCUUGGGUGGAGAAACAGCGCCAAAAGAUUCUGAAAGAGGCCGGCGAUGUCGGCGAAGACGAUUUGGUAAAGGAGCUCCGAAAGAAGGUUGAGUCGGAGCUGCGCUUGGACUAUUUGGUCACUGGAUCAUGGUCGUCGAAGGCUUCCCAAGAAGCAUCCCGCCUUUUAGGGCCUGAAUAUGUCAACAUUGCUAGCGAUGCUCGGAAGAUCAAUGAUGGAAAGUUCGGCAAGAUUGCGGAUGAGUCGACAUGGCAGCUCAGCCCCAAACCCGUUAUGGUCUACAUGUGCGACAAUGAAACAGUAGAUGGCGUCGAAUAUCCCAGCUUCCCCAAGGUCCUCGAGCCGACCGGCUCGGACGAUGAGCCAUUUGUCGUGGGUGACUUUUCAUCCAACAUUCUCUCCAGGAGAAUCCCGAUUAAUAAUUACGCAAUUGCCUUCUUCGGAGCUCAGAAAAACCUGGGCUGUGCGGGAGUUACUGGCGUAAUCGUCCGGAAGGACCUGCUCGUCUCGUGCCCCCCUACAAUUCUUCGCAAGCUUGGAUUGCCCAUUGCUCCCACGGUCCUUGACUACUGUGUGACCGCAAAGAAUAACAGUCUUUACAACACCCUACCCAUUUUCGAUGUUUACUUGGCUGGCCAAGUUCUCAAGAAGCUGCUGGCUACGUUUCCCGAUAAGGUGGACGGACAGCAAGCCGAGGCCCAAAAGAAGGCCAAGAUGAUCUAUGAGGCAGUCGACGCGUACCCGGAUGUUUAUAAGGUCGUUCCGGACAAGAGUGUGCGCUCCCGCAUGAAUGUUUGCUUCCGCGUGAUCAAGGGAGGUAAUGUCGAUGAGGCCGAGAAGUCAUUUUUGAAGGGUGCCGUUGAACGCAACCUCACUGGCCUGAAGGGACACCGCAGUGUUGGCGGUAUCCGGGCGUCCAACUACAACGCUAUCCCCGUCUCGGGUGCCGAGAAGCUUGUUGCGUACCUGAAGGAGUACGCCCAAGCAUAGCGUAUUCAGAUUUAGCAUGUUCGCGGAGGGUCUCCGGUCCAAGGGUUUCAACGCAUUGCAUUUUGGGGCUAGAGGGGACAAUAGUUACAUGACUCAACGUCCAUGUGUAUUGGCCAAAAAGAAGCGAUGAUUUAUGUAUAACCAUAGUGAGAUGUCAUAAAUAUUUACAUUCAUGAGUACUACUGUCAUAAUGUUUCCUUGGCAUGCUACCAAUAUAGAUAGCUAGCCAGCCUGGUUGUGCUUCUCACGAACCCCCCACUAAGCUCAAUUCACGGCCAACGCCAACUUUUUUUUUACUCUCUUAUGUUUACCAAUCGUUUCGACACAAACUGUCAGCCCCGCAGAGUGCAGCACACGAUCGGCCUCAAUCACCCGAUUUGUUCAAUGAUCUCUUUCACUUACAAGACGUGGCCAGAACCAUGGAGUUCUCCAGAUUUCCGUCGAGACGAAUCAUCCAGGGAACGCUACCGGCGAUUCAAAAGCUAACAGUGGCGGGACAAGAACGGCUUGGCAACGUUCUUUGCCAAAUAUAACUUCCGUGCCUGGUCCUGGGGUUAUUUUAUCUACAGGACAGUGCAUAACGUCCCCGAGGAAGCUUGGGCUAAGGCCUUAGAGAAAAUCAGUUGCUACAUUUACUAUAUCAUCCAUUCAGAAAUAUAUAAUGAUCUUCCAGAGCCUACCCGUCUGGUCUGGC